CCAAACUUUCUUCCUCUCGAACCCUAAACGAGCCGGGUCAUCUCAAAAAUUUCCCAGACAUUGCAUUUCUUCGUCAUCCUCAGAUUCUCCUCCGCCGUUCCUCCGUCUCUUCUCCUCCGCCUGAUUCCAUCUUCGUCUUCCCCGGAACCGAAGUCUCUGUACCGUAAUUUAAUCAAGUUUUUACCGAACCGAUUCUCGCGUAACCAACCCGGUCACAACCUGCAAACCAAUAAAGGCUCUCUCUCUCUGUUUGAGAAUGGAUUCGGAUUUGGAGCCUGUAGCUCUCACACCUCAGAAACAAGACAGUGCAUGGAAACACUGUGAGGUUUACAAAUACGGAGAUCGAGUUCAGAUGAGAUGUCUCUACUGUAAGAAGAUGUUCAAAGGAGGUGGUAUCACCAGAGUCAAAGAACAUCUCGCCGGUAAAAAGGGACAAGGCACGAUCUGCGACCAAGUCCCCGAAGAGGUCCGUCUCUUCUUGCAACAAUGCAUUGAUGGCACCGUGAGACGUCAGAGGAAGAGGCGAAAAACUAGCCCUGAGCCUCUGCCUAUAGCUUACUUCCCUCCUUGUGAAGGAGAGACACAGGUCGUUGUUUCUUCCGACGCGAACAACGGAUUCAAAUCUCCGGAUUUGGUGGCUGGUCAGAGCACGGGGAGGACGAAGCAGAGGACUUAUCGGAGUAGGAAGAGUAGUAGUAAUGCUUUUGAGAGAAACGAUUUGGCUAAUGUUGAGGUUGGUGGUGCGAGCGAUAUCAGUGACUUGAUGGGUCGAGACAUGGAGAAUUUGAUCCCUGUGGCUAUUAGUAGCGUGAAGAACAUUGUGCAUCCGUCCUCGAAAGAUAGGGAGAAGACAGUUCAUAUGGCGAUUGGAAGGUUUUUGUUCGAUAUUGGAGCUGAUUUUGAUGCUGUGAGCUCUGUGAAUUUCCAGCCGUUUAUCGAUGCGAUUGUCUCUGGAGGGUUUGGUGUUUCUCUGCCUGCAAAUGAAGACCUCAGAGGCUGGAUUUUGAAGAGCUGCGUUGAGGAAAUGAAGAAAGAGAUCGAUGAGUGCAAGUCUCUGUGGAAGAAGACAGGCUGUUCUGUUUUAGUACAGGAAUCGAGCUCCGAGAAAGGCACUAAGGUUCUUAAUUUCUUGGUUUACUGCUCGGAGAAAGUAGUGUUUUUGAAAUCCGUUGACGCGUCGGAGAUACUAGCUUCUGCUGAUAAACUCUAUGAGUUACUUAAGGAGGUGGUUGAAGAAGUUGGUGACACCAAUGUUGUGCAGGUUAUUACCAAAUGUGAUGAUCAUUACGUCGCUGCUGGGAAACAGCUGAUGUCUGUGUAUCGGACUCUGUACUGGGUUCCUUGUGCUGCACAUUGCUUAGACAAGAUGCUGGAAGAGUUUGGGAAGAUUGAUUGGAUAAGCGAAAUCAUCGAGCAAGCUCGAACCGUCACAAGAAUUAUCUACAAUCACAGUGGUGUCUUGAAUCUGAUGAGGAAAUUCACUUUUGGCAAUGAUAUUCUGCAGCCAGCCUUCACAAGUUCCGCUACUAAUUUCGCAACGAUAGCAAGAAUCGUGGAUCUGAAACCUCAUUUGCAGGCCAUGGUUACUUCGUCCGAGUGGAAUGAUUGUUCGUAUUCGAAGGAAGCAGGUGGAUUGGCAAUGACUGAGACUAUCAAUGAUGAGAGUUUCUGGAAGGCGUUAACAUUGGCGAACCAUAUAACAGUUCCUCUCUUGAGAGUUUUGAGGAUAGUUUGUUCUGAAAAGAGGCCUGCAAUGGGGUAUGUCUAUGCUGCACUGUAUCGAGCAAAGGAAGCGAUUAAGACUCAUCUUGUUCACAGGGAGGAUUACAUAAUCUACUGGAAAAUUAUAGACAGGUGGUGGUUGCAACAACACCGUCUUCCUUUGCAUGCUGCUGGUUUCUAUCUUAACCCGAAGUUCUUCUAUAGCAUCGACGAAGAAAUGCGUAGUGAGAUCCAUUUAGCGGUGGUUGAUUGCAUAGAGAAGUUGGUCCCUGACGACAACGUUCAAGAUAUUAUCGUUAAGGACAUAAACUCAUACAAGAAUGCUGUUGGGAUUUUCGGGAGGAACUUAGCAAUCAGAGCUCGGGACACAAUGCUUCCUGCUGAAUGGUGGUCUACAUAUGGAGAAAGUUGCUUGAACCUGUCACGUUUUGCCAUACGCAUUCUGAGUCAGACAUGCAGCUCAUUGAUUGGCUCCGGGAGAAACCUGACACCAGUCGAGCAAGUUUUUGAAUCGAAGAACUCUAUUGAGCGGCAACGGCUUAGCGAUCUUGUGUUUGUUCAGUACAACAUGCGCCUCAGACGACUGGGCGUUGAAAGCGGAGAUGAUAAUGUAGACCCGUUAUCACACAGCAACAUGGAACUUCUUGAAUACUGGGUUUCCAGAAACCAAGUCUGUAUAGAAGGAAAUGGAAGCUCAGACUGGAAGUCACUGGAGUCCAUAAAGAGGACAGAAGAAGUAGCGGUUAUCGAUGAAACAGAAGACUUGGGCUCAGGUUUUGAUGAUGCUGAGAUAUUCAAGGGAGAAAAAGAAGUGAGUGAUGAAGGUUAUUACACAAACAUAUCAGAGAAGCUGUUCACGUGAACUCACUAAGAAGACCUCUUUCUGUAAUCAUAGUGUUUGAUUUGGACAAAAAAAAAAUUGUGAUUUUCCUCUAGGGUUUGAUUUGUAUUCAAUAGGAGUCUUUACCAGUUACCAAUUUAAGCUGUAUCCCAUAAACUAAUUAUCACUCAGCAUGCAUUUCUCUAUAUGUUAGUGAGGACAAAUACCAUUCAAAGAUGUUGAUUGUUAUUAAUUUUCAGGGUUUGUCUAAUCUCCAG